AUGUCGCUGAAGCGCAGCAGCGUGCAGUACACACCCUCUUAUAUCACCCUCCUCUGCCUGCUUUGCAACAGGGAAAAGGCUGAAGUGGAGGAAACCCUAAAGAGGAUUCAAGCCCACAAAGGGGUUAUCGCAACUAUUGUUGUAAACGCCGAAGGAAUUCCAAUAAGAACAACUCUUGAUAACUCUACAACAGUCCAGUAUGCAGGUCUUCUUCAUCAGCUUAUCAUGAAAGCUAGGAGCACAGUGAGAGAUAUUGACCCUCAGAAUGAUCUAACCUUUCUUAGGAUCAGAUCAAAGAAACACGAAAUUAUGGUAGCUCCAGAUAAGGAGUAUCUCCUGAUCGUUAUUCAGAACCCAUGUGAAUAG